CUGUAAUGAGCGUCCUCCACCUGGGGCGGCACUGUUAAGUGCAGAGCAGACGGCGACGUGUGUGUAAUAUAGGGGCAGAAGAAGACGUGUUGCAGCUGUUUAUUAUUACAGAGUAAGUGUGUGCAUGUGUAUGAACUGGACGCUCACAGCUCGAGGGAGCUGCUGCACAUAAGAUGUCCAAACAGAGUACUCUCACUGCAGCAGUAGCAACAUUGUUAGGAGCCACGCUUGGAGGACUGUUCUUAUGGCGUAGUAUAUAUAAACAAAAGAAAAAAUCUCUCAAAGUCCCAAAGGACACUCAUCUAUUGCCUGUGGAGCGACUUGGACCUCUGGAAUUGAGCAGCAAUGCUGUUCAUCAUUCAAAACAAGAGCUCACGCCACCAUCAAUAGCACAAACAGCCAAAUGUCUAUCACUACCAUCCAUUGAGAAGUUACUUGAGGUGCCAGCGGUGGUGGUGAACUCAUCAGACGAGUUUGAAGAAUUCUGGCCCAUGUUCCAGAGGGACCUGUCUGUCUUUCCUGUCCUGGGCUUGGACUGUGAAUGGGUAAAGAGCAUGCGUGUGUCCAUCAAAGGCAAAGCAUGUGCCGUGUCUUUGCUGCAAAUGGCUACGUAUUCGGGUCACUGUAUGCUGGUCAGACUGCUGGCAUUCCGCGAUGCCCAGCUGCCUCUUCCCAAAGGUCUGCUGGAGGUACUGAAAGACUCUCACGUGCUGAAGGUAGGCGUCGGCUGCUAUGAAGAUGGCAAACGCCUGGCCAGUGACCACGGCCUGUCCCUCGUGUGCACAGUGGACUUGCGCUACUUGGCACUUAGACAAAGACAUGCAGUGCUAAACAAUGGGCUGAGUUUAAAGUCCCUGGCUGGAGACCUGCUCAAUGUCACCCUGGAUAAAUCCCUGGAGCUGCGCUGUAGUAACUGGGAAGCUGAAAACCUGAGUCAGGAGCAGAGGUCAUAUGCAGCACGUGAUGCCCAGGUUUCGGUCUCUCUGUUUCUUUACCUGCUGGGACUCUAUUCUGGUCCGUGCCUGCUGACCGAGGAGGAGAUAUCCUUCUCAAAGUUGUCUGGCCACUGUCAGGGCCUGGUGGAUGUGCCCUUCAGGUGGCGUGGUGAAGGUGAAGAGGGGGAACGCAGACGUCGGUCCCGCAGGUCUACUGUGGACAGUCCGGAGUCUGGUGAUCAGCAAGUGCCAGACCCACGAAGGAACAAGCGGAAACCUCUUGGAGUUGGAUAUUCAGCCAGGAAAUCUCCCUUGUAUGACAACUGCUUCCUUCAUGCCCCUGAUGGUCAGCCACUUUGUACAUGUGACAAGAAAAAGGCAAAGUGGUACCUUGACAAAGGAAUAGGAGAGCUGGUUAGUGAAAAGCCCUUCAUCGUGCGCUUGCUGUUUGAGCCCUCGGGUCGCCCUGAAUCUCAGAAGGACUAUUACCUUACGGCCAAAGAAAAUGUCUGUGUGGUGUGUGGCAAAGUGGAGUCUUACAUCAGAAAGAACAUUGUUCCACAUGAGUACAGACGCCACUUCCCUGCUGAGAUGAAGGAUCACAAUUCUCAUGACAUCCUGCUGCUGUGCACUUCCUGUCACGCUGCGUCUAACGUGUAUGAUGGCUUCCUAAAGCAGCAGCUGGCAGAUGAGUUCUCCGCCCCACAGGGCUGUGAGGAGGGUGUAAGGUUGCUGGAGGACUCGGAUCGGCGGCGGGUACGGUCUGCUGCCCGUGCCCUUCUCAGUACCAGCAACAGCAUGCCCCCGUCCAGACGAGAAGAGCUCCUUUCAGUUGUUCGUGCGUACUUCUGCAAAGAAGAAGAGGAGAAGGAAGUCUCAGAAGAACUGCUGCACACAGCUGCCAACCUGGAGACUAGGAUCUUUAAUGAGAGCUAUGUGCCACAUGGUCUGAAGGUGGUACAAGCGUACGCUGAGCAAGGACUGCGUGGUCUGAUUGACUUGGAGCGGCGCUGGCGUCAGCACUUCCUGUCCAGCAUGCAGCCCAACUUCCUCCCUCCACUCUGGUCCGUGGACCAUAACCAUGAGAAAUACCUGCGCAAGUUCGGAGAGAACCUGCUCAUUAAUCUGUCUUGACUCAAUGCAUGGAGGUAGGCAGAGGCAGUUAGGGCAAGACCCAGACUGCCCAGUCUCAAACCUGUGAUGGAGAUGGACUUGUUCUAAUUUGAUAUUGACUCCUAUAUGAAGUGAGCCUGUAGAUGAACUGGGAGAGACCAAUCACAGGCUCUUGAUUAUGGACUUACUGUGAGGAGUUUGCACUGAUCACUAAAAGGAUGAUGAGAGUUAAAAACAAUGCUGCAGGAAGUAAACUGAUGAAACGCAUCGUACGUCUGACAUAAAGUGAGACCAGUUCUCAGCUUUCCCUAAAAAAGAAACUUGUAUAUUUUAAACAGCUCAAACCUGCUCCUGAUUUCUUAAAAUAAAAAAUAGACGUCUAGAUUAUAAUUGUUGCAGGUUUGCAGUCCUAUUAGAUAUUUUGUAUAAUUGUGUUGUAAAUCUCGGGUUUUGCGAUAUGGGGCUGUUGACCUAUAUUUAUUUUUUACAUUUUCACUCACACUUCUGUGAUUACGAUAUCAGCAUAUGUUGGUCCUUUUAUGACCGACUUGGCAAGACCUUAAAAUGGGUAACUCAUUUCUGUCUGAACUUUUUAGCCACUCUAAUCCACGAACGAUUUAUUUAUUGUAGCAUAUGUUUGGGAAAGAUGUUGCCACACCUUUCCUCCGUAGGUUUUUCCAACUUUCCAAACCUCAGUCAGGACACCUCAAAGGUGCACCUUUAGUGCAUCUUAUCCCCCUGACUGCACUGAUUUGGUGUAUAACUCAUGAUUGGAACACCGAGUGGCAUCUAAAGUUCGCCCUGUAACCAGAGCCAGCCAGAGAAACUGCUCCAUUAGCAAUAAUAAGUAACGUCAAUCUUUUGCACAUGAGAUUUCCACGUUUGAGCAUGACGAAUUUGACUUAAAGAAACUACAGCUUUUUUUCCCCUCUUUUAAUUUACAUUUGUCCAGAUGUAAUUACAUAAAAGCUGUUAUGUUUCCUUAAAUUGUUAUUAAAAUAUAUAUUUAAUGUUA